CGACGAUAAUAAUAUCACGAAGUGAGGAGAGGGGGAAUACUACACUAGGCAUCGCAGUCACAUUCAGUCUCAAGAUCUGAUUGAGAGACCACGCGAGAAGAUUUGCGCAACAAUGUUAAGUCGUGUCAUUUUUCUCGUUUGUUGUAUUUUAAUGAGUGAUCUCGUGAAAGAGUCGAAAUCAUUGUCAAUUUUAUUGAUAGAGACUCUUCCAUCGACUAGCCACCACGUCUGGACGGAGCAUUUGGUUAAAGAACUGCUUCGCAAAGGCCAUCAUGUACAUGUAGUGAGCAUACAUGAGACUAAGGUCAAGGGAAAACUCGCGCAGAAUUUAACAUACGCCGUUUUCGAUGGUCUAAUGGAUACUUAUGAUGAAUCUAAUAAUUAUGACCCAGUUGAAUGGGAGAAGUAUAGCGUAUUUUAUACGGCAUAUUUUGUAUAUCAGUGGGGUAUUCACGCAUGUGACACAAUGAUAAAAACUAAAACAGCGAGAGAUCUUUUGAAAGUGAUUAAAACAGUCGAGUUUGACGUAAUAGUGCAAGACAUUACUUUAACUCAAUGUUUCUACGGAUUAUGGGAGGUAAAGCAGCAAUCAACUUUAGUAAAUUUUAAUUGUUAAAGCUAUUUUGAAACUGCAUGCGACUUAGCGAAGUUGCCUUUUAAAUCAAGUGCGUUUGCGUAGUAAAUUGAAAGUGUCUAUAUAGUUAUUGCUCGUAUUAAGUGCUAACGUUCACAAUCGCUUUUUAUUAUUUGUUUAAAACGAUGUUGAAGUGUGAUUUUAUUAAAACUUUUCUGAUACAGAAAAUGUGAAAAAAUACGUGAAAUAUUUCGUGGCAUUCUCUGUACAGAUAGGGUAAUAAUCGGGAAUUAUUAAAACUACUUAUAUAACUGUUAUUUAUAUGAGUAGAUAGACCGAAAUGACUAAAACAUUAGGAGAGAUCGGGGCUAUUCGUGACACAUUUUUGUUUCGAAGUUUUUUUCUCGCUUCGUAUAAAUGUUAAAAAAAUUUUUAUUAGUGCGAUGUAAUCGUCCAUUUCUCUAGUUUAAAAGAAAGAAAAAAUAAGUUUUUCUCUUACAAGUCUCAAAAUAUAUCAAGAAAUGUAUCGCUGUGUCAUGUGUCACGAAUUGCCCCGGGGCCGCACAGUGGGGAAUUUCGGCUAAAACGUGGUCAUAAGUCGGGAAAUCAUCAGAAUUGCAUAAAAAUCGGUAGGUAUAUGUUUUCGAGGUCGCUGAUUAUGAAUAUAAUAUGUAAUUUUUCAAAAACAAAAUGACGGCCUUAAUAUUUUAGAUUAUAUUAAUAGUUUACCCUUAUGCAAAAAUACACUCAACUUUUGGUGUUAACCGUUAAAAAAACACCAAAGAACAACCCUUAAAGUUGGGUGUGAUUUCGGACCGCCAAUUGAAGGCUAACCAUCAUUUGAAGGUU